AGACAAAAAGGCAAUCCAGAGAAAGGAGUUUCACGAGAUUCGGAGAUUUGCAGAGAGACUUGAUGAGGACUGUUAUGUUCUCGAGUUUGUGAUCAAAAUGCCAACAAUAUAAAUCAAGAUUCGAGCUCAAGGCAAUGGAUUAACAGCCUCCGGCUGAGAUUCUCGAUCUGAAACACGAACAAGAAUUCGAGCAACAAAAAGGGCUUCUAAAUGAGCGGCGAAAAGCUUACGCCAUCCUCCGGAGCUUCUUCCGGUUCUGUGGAUGUCGUUAAGGGCAUCAAUGGCCUCGAUAAAGUCGUUCUUCGCGAUCCGCGUGGUAGCUCUGCUGAGGUCUAUUUAUAUGGGGCCCACGUGACAUCUUGGAAGAAUGACCAUGGGGAAGAGCUGCUUUUUGUUAGUAACAAGGCCAUUUUCAAACCUCCAAAACCAAUUCGUGGAGGGAUUCCAAUUUGUUUUCCUCAAUUUUCAAAUCUUGGUCCACUUGAUGGACAUGGAUUUGCUAGAAUCAGAUUUUGGAGCAUUGAUAAUAGUCCACCUCCUCUUCAAACGAAUACCUCCAGUAAGACUUUUGUUGAUCUAAUCCUAAAGCCAUCUGAAGAGGAUGCACGGGUUUGGCCACACAGUUAUGAGUACCGUCUGAGGGUAGCUCUAGGACCUGCUGGGGAGCUGUCGUUGACAUCACGUGUUAGGAAUACCAAUGCAGAUGGAAAGCCUUUCUCAUUCACAUUUGCCUAUCACACUUACUUUUCAGUAUCAGACAUAAGUGAAGUUCGGGUGGAAGGUCUGGAGACCUUGGACUAUCUUGACAACUUGCAACAUAGAGAGCGUUUUACUGAACAGGGGGAUGCUUUAACUUUUGAAUCAGAAGUGGACAAGAUAUAUCUUAGCACUCCUACUAAGAUUGCAAUUCUGGAUCAUGAGAAGAAGAGGACUUUUGUGGUUCGAAAGGAAGGACUUCCAGAUGCUGUGGUCUGGAAUCCUUGGGAUAAGAAAGCAAAGGCAAUGGCUGACUUUGGAGAUGAAGAGUACAAGUUCAUGCUGUGUGUGGAGGCUGCUGCCAUCGAAAAGCCUAUUGCACUGAAACCUGGCGAAGAAUGGAGAGGAAGACUCGAACUCUCUGCUGUUCCCUCAAGUUAUUGUAGCGGGCAGCUCGAUCCGCACAAAGUCCUCCAUGGCAUCUGAAAAACUUCAUCAUUCUGUUUUCCUGCUCAUGUUUCAGGUGAAUUGUUUGAAAUAAGUAGUGGAUGUUGGCAGGAGAAUCUGCUCUGCCCUCUCUUGUUCUUAUUUGUUUUCCAUAUUUUGGAUUGGAAGAUGGAUUUUGGAGGAGAGAGUAAAAUAGAACUGUAUGUGGCUUUUGUGUGGAUGGCUAUGGCCUCCUAAAAUUCAUAUGAACAUAAAAUUUUAGUAUAUUUUCUGGUAAAUAACCAUAUUUACCUUUACCAUUUUGUUAUAAAUUCA